AAGUACUUUGACACCUGCACAAGGUGCUCGUGCUGCUCGUUAACAGGACAAUAUUUUUUGGUAAAGAAUGCUAUUAUGCCUGUAGAGUUGGAUAUCUGGACGUUAUUUACUGUAAUAGCUUUUUGGGUCACUCCAGUUCAUCACGCAACGAGGCAAAGGAAUGUAACUUGAUUGCUCCAAGAAAAAUAAUGACGAUCCAAUGACGUGAACGUAUAUACCUGGUUAUAAAGGAGCUUUUUUUUAUCGGAUAGCAAACUAACAUACAAUAAUCAUGGCACCAACCAUAUCCUCAGCAUUCUCAGAAUUUGCCAGCGCCCUCGCUAGCAUCGGUGGUGGACUAUUCAACUCACUCAUGGCUGUCUUUCAGGCCAUCCUGGCGUUCUUUAUGAACGUGUUUGGCAGCACCAUACAGCUAUUACAAAGUAUCCUAAAAUUGGGCAUUGAUAUGUGCCAAGGUCUCGUUGGAUUUGUUGCUGCAAAUUUCCUUGCGCUAGCCGCAAUUGGGGGGGCUUACUACUGGUACACCACGAGCCAGAGGCAGAAGAGUGGAGGUGUCGUAGCAGGGAAGCGAAAUACUUGAGCGCUUUGUAACACACAAUACGUAUAUUUUCUUGAUCAACCUUGAACGCGUCGAGUACGCCGAUGUCAAGUUCAGCUUGAGCCCGUGUGAACU